AAAAAAGCUCGAUGCAGAAUGCCGUUACCGAAGAUGUGCGGCUGUUACACGGAGUAUUGCGCCAUUAAACCACGUGACCUACAGAUCGUGUGAACCGGCCUUGUACCGACCUGGACACGGCCUUUACCUUGCAUGUUUCCAUGACAGUGGAGGUCAAAGUGUGGCGCUGUAAACUGAAGACAAACAAUGCCAGUUUGAAAAUAGAAGGCAAACGACUGGGCACGCUCAAGUUGGCGGUGGAGUCUGUGUGUUCCUGUCCGUGCGAGGACGAAAUGGAGCUGAACGUGGCGAGGUGUAACGGCGGUAACCGGACGUGCGGGGUGUGUUCCUGUCGACCAGACAAGACGUGUGGGUGCGGGCAGGGCGGGCUCGACGAGAGGACCUGUAUCGCUCCCGGUGAUAUGUUUGUGUGCAGCGAUCGCGGAACGUGUAUUUGUGGUAAAUGUCACUGUACCACCACACAAGGGUUGAUAAUGUCUCGGUGGUACAGCGGCGAGUUCUGUGAGUGCAGUGACUUCUCCUGUGACUAUUUCCAAGGACAGCUAUGUGGAGGACCCACGCGAGGUCGGUGCGAGUGUGGGACGUGUAUUUGUAACGAGGGCUACGACGGCAGUGGCUGUUCCUUUCAACUACCUCCUCAAUCCUGUAAGGCAGAAAACGGUCGAACAUGCAACGACCGCGGGGUGUGUACGGACGGCGUGUGUCGGUGUUUCCCGCCCUACUGGGGGCCCACCUGUGAAGACUGCUCGUGGUGCUACAGAAGGUGCUGGUUGCUAGAGAAAUGCGCCGAGUGCCUGGCGUUCGCUACAGGACAGUACGUACCUACUCGAUGUCGUGAAAAGUGCUCUCGCUACCGACUUCACAUGGCUGGUGAAUGGAAUGGUACCAGUCCUGAUCGCAUUUCAGCGGAGAAGAUGCCGUGUGUUGGAAGGGACGGACGCGGGUGUGUUUACGAGUUUACCUACUUCUACCACGACAGAAUCCUCACGUUUAUAGUUUCAAGAAAACACCAGAUGGAGGUUUUGGGCCUGUUCUUUAUAUCUGCGUUGAAUAUCUUUAUCUCAAAAUACUUCGCCGUCAUCGCCCGUCACUUUGCCAAUCCCGCAUCCCAAGAGGGAGAUGAAAGACGCUGUACAUCGAAACCACACGAACACAACGUGGCUUCAGCGUGUGAAUCCACACCGCUUCCGAUACAGGUGUUCCCGCGAUUAAAGGUGCAGUGUCGACACACCAUCUUACGACGGUCUACCAAUGCCGUUAACACACCGAACACCCACAGGCGGGACCUAGCCCAGUGGUAA